GUCGAGGAAGAAGGGGGCCUCUCGUCUGCAGCGAAUUCAGCAGCUACCUGAAGAGUACCACGACGCGUUCGAGGACCUGCACCCGCAGGAGGUCGAGGAAGAGAAGGUGAGCUUCGACAUCUGGGAGGAGAGUUGGCGUGAGGCUGAGCUGCAAAUCUGCUGGGAAGGUCGCGCACACAUGAAGAACGAGCAGGCGGAGUGGUGGGGCGCGACUGGCUCCCUGAUAGUGAGGCACGCCGCGCUGCGGCGCAACGACAGCGACCCUGCGCAAGCUGCCCAGUGCGCGCUGAAGGCCCUGGCCCUGAUCGAGCAGCUGGACUCCGCCAAAGACGACGAGUAUUUCGCCAAGAAGGCGAACCCAGAUGACAUCUUCGUCUGGAAAGGGCUGAUCGCCAACGUGGGCGUGACGCAGGUGGAGUCGCUGACUGAGUCGGUGGAUCGCACGCGCAGAUGCGCAGAUGUGCAGAUGUUUUGGCUGCUAG